AUGCGGCGCAAUCGCCCUCCUCCUCCAUCGAGCGGUCCACCUCGUUUCAAUCCUGAGCUGUCUGAAAUAUGCCCACAGAGGAUUAAUGUCAGCUCUUCCAUGGCCCAAUCGAUAUUUGCAAAUUUCCAAGCGAACCAAGAGACCAGACAUCUGGUGUUCAGAAGCAACCGUGACCAACUCCAGCUGGUGCGGCUCGAGGCCACUCGUCUCAGACUCUUGCUCUCCACCGAUCGCGCACAAGAUACUCCAGAUAGGCCACAUCGUAUGGAAAACAUGAGCUCCGGUGAUGACACCAUCUCAGACACCACCUCCUCCCGCGACUCUGGCCCUCCUAGCCCUCCCGCCCCAAACCUAGUACGCACAAGAGCUACCGUCCGUAGUGAAAGCGAUAUCAGCGUUCUCGAUAUUGGUCCCAGCCUACAUUCUUCUGAUACUUCCUCCCAAUCCAGCUCCCGCCAAUCUACUCCCACAAAUGGAAAUAACGGAGAUGAACCUGUCCGUUCCGCUGCUCCUAGCAACGCAUCAAGAUCUGGCAGCGAGAGCUCAUACAUACCAAGUGACGAUCCCUUCAAGGUGGAAGAUGAUGACUAUGGUACCGUUCCAGCCGGAGAUGAACCUGUCCGUUCCGCUGCUCCCAGCAACGCAUCAAGAUCUGGCAGCGAGAGUUCAUACAUACCAAGUGACGAUCCCUUCGAGGUGGAAGAUGAUGACUAUGGUACCGUUCCAGCCGGAGAUUCUGGGACUGACAAUUCUUCUUCGAGUCAACGUGGACGCCGCCGCCGAAACCGGGCAAAUGUCUCAUCCCGUUCACGUGGGGCUCGACGUGCUCAGCGAAACCAGGCAAACGUCUCGUCCCGUACACGUCGGGGUCGAAGUGCUCAGCAAACCCGGGCAGACGUCUCAUCCCGUGCACGUGGGGCUCGACGUGUUCAGCGAACCCGAGCAAAUGUCUCAUCCCGUGCACGUGGGGCUCGAAGUGCUCAGCGAAACCAGGCAAACGUCUCGUCCCGUACACGUCGGGGUCGAAGUGCUCAGCAAACCCGGGCAAACGUCUCAUCCCGUGCACGUGGGGCUCGACGUGUUCAGCGAACCCGAGCAAAUGUCUCAUCCCGUGCACGUGGGGCUCGAAGUGCUCAGCGAAACCAGGCAAACGUCUCAUCCCGUACACGUCGGGCUCGAAGUGCCCAGCAAACCCAGGCAGACGUCUCGUCCCGUACACGAAGUGCUCAGCAAACCCGGGCAAACGUCUCAUCCCGUUCACGUGCGGCUCGAAGUGCUCAGCGAAACCAGGCAAAUGUCUCAUCCCGUGCACGGGGAGGUCGACGUGCUGAGCGAAACCGCGCAUUAACAGCCACUAGAACCCAGAGUUUAAGAAUUAGAGAUUCCACUGAAAGCCCUGUUGAAAGCCCUGCUGCCAUUUCUGAUCAUUCUUCUGAUGGGGCCAGCAACGGUACUGACUCGCUCUCUAAUUCGCAUUCUUCUAACGCAGCCUCCCAGCUAUCCCAACCUUCCGUGCAUCACUCCCAGAACUCGGAAGAAGGAAUGGAUCCGGACCCUUCGGCCGUGGAUGACCCAGGGGAGGAUUCAAGUGACACUAUCGAAUAUCAGUAUCCCAAUCAGGACUGA